AUGGCGCAGAGAGGAAUUCAGCCGGACUCGGAAAUAUUCUGCUGUUCGGUCUGUCUGGAUCUACUGAAGGAUCCGGUGACUAUUCCCUGUGGACACAGCUACUGCAUGAGCUGUAUUAAAAGCUGCUGGGAUGGAGAGGAGCAGAGGGAAAUCCCCAGCUGCCUCCAGUGCAGACAAACCUUCACACCAAGACCUGUCCUGGUGAAAAACACCAUGUUAGCAGAAAUAGUGGAGGAAAUGAAGAAGACGGGACUCCAAGCUGCUCCUCCUGAUCUCUGCUAUGCUGGACCUGGAGAUGUGGCCUGUGAUGUCUGCACUGGGAGAAAGCGGAAAGCCCUCAAGUCCUGUCUGGUGUGUCCAGCCUCUUACUGUAAGCUGCACCUCCAGCCUCACUAUGAUGCAGCUCCAUUAAAGAAACACAAACUAAUAAAACCCUCUGCAAAGCUUCAGGAAAACAUCUGCUCUCGUCACGAUGAGGUGAUGAAGAUUUUCUGCCGCACUGAUCAGCAGUGUAUCUGUUAUCUCUGCUCCAUGGAUGAACAUAAAGGCCACCACACAGUCUCAGCUGCAGCAGAAAGGACCGAGAGGCAGAAAGAGCUCGGGCUGAGUCGGCAAAAAAUCCAGCAGAGAAUCCAGGACACAGAGAAAGACGUGAAGGUGCUUCAGCAGGAGGUGGAGGCCAUCAAUCGCUCUGGUGAUAAAGCAGUGGAGGACAGUGAGAAGAUCUUCACUGAGCUGAUCACUUUGAUUGACAAAAGAAGGUCUGAUGUGAAGCAGCAGAUCAGAUCCCAGCAGAGAGAGGAAGUGAGUCGAGCUGAAGAACUUCAGGAGAAGCUGAAGCAGGAGAUCGCUGAGCUGAGGAGGAAAGACGCUGAGCUGGAGCAGCUCUCACACACAGAAGAUCACAUGCAUUUUCUACACAACUACCCCUCGCUAUCACAUCUCAGUGAAUCUACAUACUCACCCAGCAACAUUAUCCGUCCUCUGAGCUACUUUGAGGAUGUGAGUGCAGCUGUGUCAGAGCUGAGAGAGAAACUACAGGACCUUCUUAGUGAGGAAUGGUCCAAGAUCUCACUGACAGUGACUGGAGUGGAUGUUCUACUGUCACAGCCACAGCCAAAGACCAGAGCUGAAUUCUUACAAUAUUCAUGUCAAAUCAAACUGGAUCCAAACACAACAAACAACUAUCUGUCAUUAUCUGAGGGGAACAGAAAAGUGACACUAAUGAGAAAAGAUCAGUCAUAUCCUCCUCACCCAGACAGAUUCACUGGAAAGUUUCAGGUCCUGAGUAGAGAGAGUCUGACUGGACGUUGUUACUGGGAAGUGAAGAGGAGGGGGGAUCAUGUUUCCAUAGCAGUCGCUUACAAGGAUAUUAGCAGAACAGCUGAUGAGAGCCAGUUUGGAUACAAUAACAAGUCUUGGACAUUGGAGUGUUACAACAAGAAGUUCAGACAUAACAGCAUCAAAACUCCCACAUCAGGCCCUGUGUCCUCCACAGUAGGAGUGUACCUGGAUCACACAGCAGGUAUUCUGUCCUUCUACAGCGUCUCUGGAACCAUGACUCUCCUCCACAGAGUCCAGACCACAUUCACUCAGCCUCUCCAUGCUGGAUUUAUGGUUUUUGGGCUUACUGAAGCCUCAGCUAAGUUUUGUCGGCUCAAUGAAACUGUCAGACGUUCACUGUCACUGACAAGUGAAAUGGCGCAGAGAGGAAUUCAGCCGGACUCGGAAAUAUUCUGCUGUUCGAUCUGUCUGGAUCUACUGAAGGAUCCGGUGACUAUUCCCUGUGGACACAGCUACUGCAUGAGCUGUAUUAAAAGCUUCUGGGAUGGAGAGGAGCAGAGGGAAAUCCCCAGCUGCCCCCAGUGCAGACAAACCUUCACACCAAGACCUGUCCUGGUGAAAAACACCGUGUUAGCAGAAAUAGUGGAGGAAAUGAACGACGGGAAGACGGGACUCCAAGCUGCUCCUCCUGAUCUCUGCUAUGCUGGACCUGGAGAUGUGGCCUGUGAUGUCUGCACUGGGAGAAAGCUGAAAGCCCUCAAGUCCUGUCUGGUGUGUCCGGCCUCUUACUGUGAGCAGCACCUCCAUCCUCAUUACGAUGCAGCUCCAUUAAAGAAACACAAGCUGGUGGAACCCACUGUGCAGCUUCAGGAGAACAUCUGCUCUCGUCACGAUGAGGUGAUGAAGAUUUUCUGCCGCACUGAUCAGCAGUGUAUCUGUUAUCUCUGCUCCAUGGAUGAACAUAAAGGCCACCACACAGUCUCAGCUGCAGCAGAAAGGACCGAGAGGCAGGAAGAGCUCGGGCUGAGUCGACAAAAAAUCCAGCAGAGAAUCCAGGACACAGAGAAAGACGUGAAGGUGCUUCAGCAGGAGGUGGAGGCCAUCAAUCGCUCUGCUGAUAAAGCGGUGAAGGAUAGUAAGAAGAUCUUCACUGAGCUGAUCUCUUUGAUUGACAAAAGAAGGUCUGAUGUGAAGCAGCAGAUCAGAUCCCAGCAGGAAGAGGAAGUGAGUCGGGCUGAAGAACUUCAGGAGAAGCUGAAGCAGGAGAUCGCUGAGCUGAGGAGGAAAGACGCUGAGCUGGAGCAGCUCUCACACACAGAGGAUCACAUCCAUUUUCUACACAACUACCCCUCGCUGUCACGUCUCAGUGAAUCUACACACUCACCCAGCAACAACAUCCGUCCUCUGAGCUACUUUGAGGAUGUGACUGCAGCUGUGUCAGAGCUGAGAGAGAAACUACAGGAGCUUCUUAGUAAGGAAUGGUCCAAGAUCUCACUGACAGUGACUGGAGUGGAUGUUCUACUGUCACAACCAGAGCCCAAGACCAGAGCUGAAUUCUUACAAUAUUCAUGUCAAAUCACACUGGAUCCAAACACAGCAAAUAAAUAUCUGUCAUUAUCUGAGGGGAACAGAAAAGUGACACGAAUGGGAACAAAACAGUCAUAUCCUCGUCACCCACACAGAUUCACUGAAUGGCUUCAGGUCCUGAGUAGAGAGAGUCUGACUGGGCGUUGUUACUGGGAGGUGGAGAGGAGGGCAUCAUGUGUUUCAAUAGCAGUCGCAUACAAGGAUGUUAGCAGAACAGGUGAUGAGAGCCAGUUUGGAUACAAUGACAAGUCUUGGACAUUGGAGUGUUACAACAAGAAGUUCAGACAUAACAGCAUCACAACUCUCACAUCAGUCCCUGUGUCCUCCAGAGUAGGAGUGUACCUGGAUCGCACAGCAGGUAUUCUGUCCUUCUACAACGUCUCUGAAACCAUGACUCUCCUCCACAGAGUCCAGACCACAUUCACUCCGCCUCUCCAUGCUGGAAUACUGUUUUAUGGGCUCAGUGGAGACAUGGCUGAGUUUUGUCAGCUCAAGUAG